GGAAACCAAAUUACUUUUAUCAUUCGCAUUGCCAUAUCGGAAAGAUAACCAUGAAUUUCAGCAAGAAACUGCUUGGCGACAAGAACCUUGUCCGCCUGGAUUCGGACGCGACAAGGACAUUUUGCCCGCAAGUCUCUGAAGGCAGACUCACAUUGGAGAAUGUCAUUUUCGAUCGAGGGGGCAGCGUGACCACCAAGAAGCCUAGGAAGCGCCCGACGCCGAAGCCAGUGAUUCGUAAUUUCAAUAAUUUGAGUGUCCCGGAGGAAGUGGAUGUGGACAAUUUGCAAGGCCAGCGUAAGGGCGUAGCUGUCAAUAGCAACAAUGAUGAAAUGAUGAUUUCAAGCUCGGACAGCAGUGAUUCCAGUGAUGAUUAUAGUUCAUUCGGAGAUGAUAUAUUCACUCCAGGCCCGGAGACCAGUGAUACCAGCGAUGGUGAUAGUUCUUGCGAAGAUGAAUUAAAGAUUCCAGACUUUAAAAGCAGUGCUACCAGCAAAGAUGAGAAAUUGAUUCCAAGCUCAAAAUGGAAUUUUACUUUGACGAAGGACAUUAUUCCACCCGGAGAGGGAAAGAAAUCUCAUAUCGGGGCCUCCUUGCCGGAGCCAGUGAAUCGUAAUUUCAAUAAUAAGAGUGUCCUGGACUUGCAAGGCCAGCGUAAUCAAGGCAGCAGAUUCGGUGCCCAGGGCGUAGCUGUCAAUAGCAACAAAGAUGAAAUGAUGAUUUCAAGCUCGGACAGCAGUGAUUCCAGUGAUGAUUAUAGUUCAUUCGGAGAUGAUAUAUUCACUCCAGGCCCGGAGACCAGUGAUACCAGCGAUGGUGAUAGUUCUUGCGAAGAUGAAUUAAAGAUUCCAGACUUUAAAAGCAGUGCUACCAGCAAAGAUAAGAAAAUGAUUCCAAGCUCGAAAAGGAAUUUUACUUUGACGAAGGACAUUAUUCCACCCGGAGAGGGAAAGAAAUCUCAUAUCGGGGCCUCCUUGCCGGAGCCAGUGAAUCGUAAUUCCAAUAAUAAGAGUGUCCUGGAUUUGCUAGGCCAACGUAAUCAAGGCGUCAAUAGCAACAAAGAUGAAUUAACAAUUCUAAGCUCGGACACCAGUGAUACCAGCAAAGAGGAGAAAAUGAUUCCAAGCUCUAAGAGGAAUUUCUUUUUGACGAAGGACAUUAUUCCACCCGGAGAGGGAAAGAAAUCUCAUAUCGGGGCCUCCUUGCCGGAGCCAGUGAAUCGUAAUUCCAAUAGUAAGAGUGUCCUGGAUUUGCUAGGCCAACGUAAUCAAGGCGUCAAUAGCAACAAAGAUGAAUUAACAAUUCUAAGCUCGGACACCAGUGAUACCAGCAAAGAGGAGAAAAUGAUUCCAAGCUCUAAGAGGAAUUUCUUUUUGACGAAGGACAAUAUUCCACCCGGAGAGGGAAAGAAAUCUCAUAUCGGGGCCUCCUUGCCGGAGCCAGUGGAUCGUACUUCCAAUAAUAAGAGUGUCCUGGAUUUGCAAGGCCAGCGUAAUCAAGGUAGCAAAGAUGAGAAAAUGAUUCCAAGCUCGAAAAGGAAUUUCACUUUGACGAAGGACAUUAUUCCACCCGGAGAGGGAAAGAAAUCUCAUAUCGGGGCCUCCUUGCCGGAGCCAUUAAAUCGUAAUUCCAAUAAUAAGAGUGUCCUGGAUUUGCAAGGCCAGCGUGAUCAAGGUAGCAAAGAUGAGAAAAUGAUUCCAAGCUCGAAAAGGAAUUUCACUUUGACGAAGGACAUUAUUCCACCCGGAGAGGGAAAGAAAUCUCAUAUCGGGGCCUCCUUGCCGGAGCCAGUAAAUCGUAAUUCCAAUAAUAAGAGUGUCCUGGAUUUGCAAGGCCAGCGUGAUCAAGGUAGCAAAGAUGAGAAAAUGAUUCCAAGCUCGAAAAGGAAUUUCACUUUGACGAAGGACAUUGUUCCACCUGGAGAGGGAAAGAAGUCUCAUAUCGGGGCCUCCUUGCCGGAGCCAGUAAAUCGUAAUUCCAAUAAUAAGAGUGUCCUGGAUUUGCAAGGCCAGCGUAAUCAAGGUAGCAAAGAUGAGAAAAUGAUUCCAAGCUCGAAAAGGAAUUUCACUUUGACGAAGGACAUUAUUCCACCCGGAGAGGGAAAGAAAUCUCAUAUCGGGGCCUCCUUGCCGGAGCCAGUGAAUCGUAAUUCCAAUAAUAAGAGUGUCCUGGAUUUGCAAGGCCAGCGUAAUCAAGGUAGCAAAGAUGAGAAAAUGAUUCCAAGCUCGAAAAGGAAUUUCACUUUGACGAAGGACAUUGUUCCACCUGUAGAGGGAAAGAAGUCUCAUAUCGGGGCCUCCUUGCCGGAGCCAGUGAAUCGUAAUUCCAAUAGUAAGAGUGUCCUGGAUUUGCUAGGCCAACGUAAUCAAGGCGUCAAUAGCAACAAAGAUGAAUUAACAAUUCUAAGCUCGGACACCAGUGAUACCAGCAAAGAGGAGAAAAUGAUUCCAAGCUCUAAGAGGAAUUUCUUUUUGACGAAGGACAAUAUUCCACCCGGAGAGGGAAAGAAAUCUCAUAUCGGGGCCUCCUUGCCGGAGCCAGUGGAUCGUACUUCCAAUAAUAAGAGUGUCCUGGAUUUGCAAGGCCAGCGUAAUCAAGGUAGCAAAGAUGAGAAAAUGAUUCCAAGCUCGAAAAGGAAUUUCACUUUGACGAAGGACAUUAUUCCACCCGGAGAGGGAAAGAAGUCUCAUAUCGGGGCCUCCUUGCCGGAGCCAGUGAAUCGUAAUUCCAAUAGUAAGAGUGUCCUGGAUUUGCUAGGCCAACGUAAUCAAGGCGUCAAUAGCAACAAAGAUGAAUUAACAAUUCUAAGCUCGGACACCAGUGAUACCAGCAAAGAGGAGAAAAUGAUUCCAAGCUCUAAGAGGAAUUUCUUUUUGACGAAGGACAAUAUUCCACCCGGAGAGGGAAAGAAAUCUCAUAUCGGGGCCUCCUUGCCGGAGCCAGUGAAUCGUAAUUCCAAUAAUAAGAGUGUCCUGGAUUUGCAAGGCCAGCGUAAUCAAGGUAGCAAAGAUGAGAAAAUGAUUCCAAGCUCGAAAAGGAAUUUCACUUUGACGAAGGACAUUAUUCCACCCGGAGAGGGGAAGAAAUCUCCUUUCGGCGCCACCUUGCCAGAGCCAGUGGGUCGUAAUUCCAAUAAUAAGAGCGUCCUGGAUUUGCUAGGCCAACGUAAUCAAGGCGUCAAUAGCAACAAAGAUGAAUUAACAAUUCUAAGCUCGGACACCAGUGAUACCAGCAAAGAGGAGAAAAUGAUUCCAAGCUCUAAGAGGAAUUUCUUUUUGACGAAGGACAAUAUUCCACCCGGAGAGGGAAAGAAAUCUCAUAUCGGGGCCUCCUUGCCGGAGCCAGUGAAUCGUAAUUCCAAUAAUAAGAGUGUCCUGGAUUUGCAAGGCCAGCGUAAUCAAGGUAGCAAAGAUGAGAAAAUGAUUCCAAGCUCGAAAAGGAAUUUCACUUUGACGAAGGACAUUAUUCCACCCGGAGAGGGGAAGAAAUCUCCUUUCGGCGCCACCUUGCCAGAGCCAGUGGGUCGUAAUUCCAAUAAUAAGAGCGUCCUGGAUUUGCUAGGCCAACGUAAUCAAGGCGUCAAUAGCAACAAAGAUGAAUUAACAAUUCUAAGCUCGGACACCAGUGAUACCAGCAAAGAGGAGAAAAUGAUUCCAAGCUCUAAGAGGAAUUUCUUUUUGACGAAGGACAUUAUUCCACCCGGAGAGGGAAAGAAAUCUCAUAUCGGGGCCUCCUUGCCGGAGCCAGUGAAUCGUAAUUCCAAUAAUAAGAGUGUCCUGGAUUUGCAAGGCCAGCGUAAUCAAGGUAGCAAAGAUGAGAAAAUGAUUCCAAGCUCGAAAAGGAAUUUCACUUUGACGAAGGACAUUAUUCCACCCGGAGAGGAAAAGAAAUCUCAUAUCGGGGCCUCCUUGCCGGAGCCAGUGAAUCGUAACUCCAAUAAUAAGAGCGUCCUGGAGGAAGUGGAUGUGGACAAUUUGCUAAGCCAGCGUAAUCAAGGCAACAGAUUCGGUGCCCAGCGCUUAGUUGUCAAUAGCAACAAAGAUGAAUUAAUAAUUCUAGGCUCGGACAGCAGUGAUACCAGCGGUGAUGCCAAUCUCUGCAAAGAUGAGAUAAAGAUUCCAAGCUCAAAAAGAAAGUUAACAUUGAUGAAUGACAUGGUCUCUCCAUCAAAACGUGCCCACACCGAGGCUGUCGGUCCUACCACGCCGAAGCCAUGGGCUCCUGUUCUGGCAGAUAAAAAGGAUAAUGACUAUCCUUAUGGAGGAAAGGAAUGGGCUCGUAAGUUUUUAGAGAAAAAGAAAACCAAAGCAGAGGUGGCUAACCCUACCCUAGCCGAAGUGUCGCCACAGGAAGAUGAGAGCAAAGUGGUGAAGGAGCUGCUGGAGACGCAGGAGCAGCUGGACAUGGUAGAGGAGAUGGAAAGGAAGGAAAUGGAAAAGGAGAAAAUUGAUGAAUGGCGAAAGACAUCAAAGCAAGUCCUUGAGAAAAAUAAGAAAGAGGAAAAGCUAAACUUGCAAAAGCCGAAGAUGGCCAAGGGGAAAGUGCAAAAAAAGAAGUCGAAGGACCGGCAAUGCGGGAAGACACUAAAGAUUGCUAAGGGAAAAUUGGAGGCUCUAAAGACGGCCAAGGAUACAAUGGCAGCAAAGGUGUUAGAAAAGCAGAUGAUUAUGAAAAAGAAAAUGGCCCAGAAGAUGUCAGAAAUUGAGGCUUUGGAAAGACAUAAGAAAUAUGUAGAAAUUAAAGAGAAGAUGGUAAUGGGAAAUGGGAAAAGGAACCGUAGUGCCCCAUACAGAUAUCUGAAAAAAUAAAAAGAUGAUGAUGACAAAGGAAGCCGGAGCGCCGCAGGAAGAAGGUCAAAAACACUCGGAUUUCUGGGUACACUUGGAUUGGGACAUCUCCACAUUGUGAAUAAAUAUAAUAACAAAUAGAAUAAUCUUUUAAAAACACAUGAGUUAGUCGUACAUAUAGACUUUACAUUACGUACAUUACUCUCUUGUAGCCAAAAUCUUUAGUAUGUCACAAAUAUGAGCU